AUGGCGUUGGUGGGCCCUAAUCCAUUCGAAAACACCGUCACAAACACCAUGGUGGAACUCACCAAUGCUCGAACCCCACCAUGCAACAUGAACACAAACUCUUUCUCUCAUUCUGAGCCUUUCAACAACAACAAUGUUCGGUCCAACUUGCACUCGAGUGUGAAUGCUUCCUUCGGCUCUAGUUCAUUCAAGAAAAAGAGGGGCCGGCCGAGGAAGUACUUUCCUGAUGGAAACAUUACUUUGGGCUCAAGCUCGGUCCCCACCCAAAAUGCUGCCAUUAUUUCUCCUUCUUCCUUAGGCUCUUGUUCAAUCAAGAAAAAGAGGGGCCGACCGAGGAAGUACUUCCUUAAUGGCAACAUUACUUUGGGUUCAAGCUCGGUCCCAACCCAAAAUGCUGCCAUUAUUUCUCCUUCUUCCACUAUGAAGAAGAAUCAGCAAGUUGAAGUGCUUGGAGAUAAUGGCACUGAUUUCUCUGCACAUUUGAUCACUGUGAACCAUGGAGAGAAUAUUGUUGCAAAACUUGCAAGCUGUUGUCAAGGAGGACCUAACACAGAGAUAUGCAUUCUUUCAGCUCAGGGUUUAGUUGGCAUUGCCUCCUUUCAACAAUCAGGAGUCAUUGUUACUUAUGAGGUUGUACAUUUUCCAUCCUUUUAUUAG